CCUCUAUACACCCAAUUGGCCUCCAUCGGGACGGCUCCCAGCACAAUGAGCGUCUGCCGGCCUGCGCGAUGCCUCUUCGCCAAAGCGACGGCGUCGGCGCUCCCUAAGCCGACGCCGCAGCGCUCCUUCCACUCGUCGGCGCCGCGAGCAGCUCGCAGGCGACGGCCGCACUAUCCCUCGAUCAAGGCGGAGGACUUGAAGCAGCUGAGCGAGUUCGCCGAGGCCGAGUACCCCAAGUACGACACGAGCGAGUUCGGCCUGCUGGAGAAGCAAUACACGCCCGCCCAGAUUGCCGCCAUCAAGGCCGCCGAGUCCGCCAUCGACACCCGCGACCUCGUCACGCAGGCCUCGCAGCGGACAGACCCAUGGCGGCUGCCCUAUGAAGACAACCUGGCCGAGGUCGAUCCCGUGACCGACCACCCGGAGAAGCUGGACGCCAGUCACAUCCCCGGCAAGCUGUCGCUCCGGGAGGCCAACGAGGUCGAGCGCGACGCGAACAUUGCCCGCAUCGCCUCGGAGCAGCUAGCCAAGAUGUACCCCGACGGUGUCCCUGAGGGCCAGCUGGACCCCGUGGAGCAGCAGAAGCUGCAGGAGGCCAUGGAAGCCGCCCUCACACAAGCCACGCUCGACCCGCGCUCGACAUACACAGGCAAGAACCAGGCCGCCAUCGACACCCUCGCCGACCCGCGCCACUCCAUCAUUGCCCCGGACCUGCCGCGCCUCGAGAACCGCAUGGCCCGCCAGACCCGCCGUCUCUCGACCGAGGAGGCGGAGGACCCGCGCCAGAAGCGUCUGCUGCAGUACAUGGGCUGGGACAAGCAGCAGCUGAAGAAGAUCCGCACCAAGACGCUCGUCGCCCACGGCGUCACCAACCAGACGCGCAUGGGCAAGAUCAGGAGUAUGUACUACCUGACUAUUGCGGGCAACCAGGACGGUUUGCUCGGCGUGGGCGAGGGCAAGAGUGUGGAGCCCGAAGAAGGGCGGAAGCAGAGCAUCAUGUCUGCCAUCAGGAACAUGAAGCCCGUGCCGCGGUACGAGAACAGGACGACGUUUGGCGAUCUGGAAAGGAAGGUCGGCGCGACCAAGGUGCAGCUCUUUGCCCGGCCGCCAGGCUUCGGUCUCCGCGCCCAGCACCUCAUCUUCGAGCUCGCCCGCGCCGCCGGCCUGCAGGACCUCGCAGCCAAGACCCCGCGCUCGCGAAACAAGAUGAACGUCAUCAAAGCCACGUGGGAAGCGCUGACGGAGCAGAGGUUACCGGACGAGAUUGCCCGCGCGAGGGGGAAGAAGCUGGUCGACGUGCGGAAGGUGUACUACGGCGGCAGCGUGCAUUAAAUGUGUAUGAUAUAUUGAGCAGGGUUAGGGGAUUGUACCAUGUGCGUCGCAUUAGGGUUGAUUGCAUUGUGUUGGGCAGCGUAGCACGC